UAGACCGGUACUUCGUACAUGUACUUCGUACCUACUUCAUAGAUCCACCUAUAGUGGACCUUACUCUUAUUGGGUAGAAGGUGACGCUUGCCAAGAACUGAAGUUUCUAAAGCUUCAAAACGUUCCCAUGGAUUUACACAAUUUCCACAAUUUACAAUUUACAAUUUACACAACACCAAGUUUUAAAUCUCUCGGCCUUUGAUAUAUCCAAUAUCAAAUUCUACCGUAACCACAAGCCAUUGAGGGCUACUAUGCCCAUCACAAAACCUUCACGAUGGCAUCUUCUCAUCGAAUCGCUCGGCGCUUCCUCAGCUCACCGGCCAACCCGCUAUCUUCCUCUAGACGAUCUCCCGUUCAGCUCCGUACCCGAAUCGCCGCCCGUAACGCCUCAACAUCUACGGACUCUCUACCCGCGUCCCGGGUAAAAACGGCACUCUUCAUAACAUCUAUAGCUGUAUCCGGCUAUGUAGUCUAUAUUUAUGGCACCGAUACUCGCGCUUUCGUCCACCGUUAUGUCGUACCCCCGCUGCUCCGCUAUCUCUACCCGGACGCCGAGGAGGCACACAAUGUUGCUGUCUCCUCUAUGAAGACACUGUAUAACCUAGGUCUUCACCCGCGCGAGCGUUCUAGCUCAUCUAUCUCUGAUGGUCCGGAUAUUAGUGUAUCCGUCUUCGGAGAGCAACUGGCAAACCCUAUUGGUAUCUCCGCGGGCCUCGACAAGCAUGCUGAGAUCCCGGACCCGUUGUUUGCCCUCGGCGCCUCUAUCGUUGAGGUUGGUGGCUGCACGCCCCAGCCGCAGGAGGGUAACCCCAAACCGCGCAUGUUUCGAAUCCCUACACUGGACGGUCUGAUAAACCGGUAUGGACUAAAUUCGCGUGGCGCUGACGAUAUGGCUAUGCGGUUACGGGAUCGGGUUAGACUAUAUGCUAAGACAGUUGGGUUAGAUGAAGCAAGUGUAUUAAACGGCGAGGCCAAUGUUCCUCCGGGUAGUCUGUUGCCUGGACGCUUGUUAUUGGUGCAGAUUGCUAAGAACAAGGAGACGGACGAACGUGACGUGGAAGCCGUGAAGCGGGACUACGUAUACUGUGUGCGACGGCUAGCACCGUACGCGGAUGUGCUCGUUGUUAACGUGAGCAGCCCGAACACGCCAGGCCUGCGCGACUUGCAAGCCGUGGAGCCCCUUACGCGGAUCUUAAGUGCGGUAGUCGAUGAGGCGCGGCGGACGGACAGGAAGCGGGCGCCCAGGGUCAUGGUCAAGGUUUCGCCGGAUGAGGACGAAGAUACUCAGAUAGAAGGCAUUGCGCAGGCGGUGUGGUUGAGUGGUGUCGACGGGGUCAUCGUGGGUAAUACUACGAAGCGCCGGAAUGGACUGGUCCCAACCGGGGUAAACAUAUCACCUAAAGAGCAAUAUACCAUGACGGAGACCGGUGGUUACUCGGGUCCGAUGAUGUUUGACCGAACCGUCGACUUGGUAAGACGGUACCGGAAAUUGCUAGACGGCCAAUCCUUCCAGCCUGCCAAGACGAACAAGGCUGUUGCCAACGAGGCGGUCGAUGAGAGCAUAGCGGGAAUUGAAGGAACCAUCACUGGAUUCUCCGAAACCGAGAAGAAACCUAGCACUAUCCCGCCGCAAGAGCAAAAGGUCAUCUUUGCUACGGGGGGAAUUACAAAUGGGCGGAGAGCCUUGGAGAUUUUGAAUGCUGGCGCGAGUGUCGCCAUGAUCUAUACAGGUCUUGUCUACGGAGGUGCUGGAACUGUCACGCGCAUGAAGAGCGAGAUGAAGGAAGAGUUGGCUGCGGAAAAUAAGUCAUAGAUAGAAGAGAAGGGGACUUGUGGAUGGGAUGACUUGUUUUAAAAGGACUAUUGUAUCACCAGCACACGUACGGGAUGACCGUUUCAAAAGUUUUGUCCAUAGGGCACCCCUGUCAGGGCCGACGCUCACUGACCACGAUUGUCUAACACCGGGCGACUUGAAAAUGAAUGUAUAUAUAAAAUACUCCGUUUAUAUUUUGAGUUAUGUCCUACCGGAAAGAUGGAAAUAAAAAUAGAAAAAAGCAACUCGUAACUUGUAAUCUAGUCAUUUAUGUAAAUAUGAGUUUUUUAUAAUUUUA